UCGUCACUACAUUCGUAGAAUAACCUCCGACCUGACAAUAUGAAACUGUUCGUGAUCUCCGCUUUCUUCGGCUUCGCCGCCGCGGCCUUCGCGCCCGCCCCCUACCAGGCUCAGUCCAACCGCCCCCAGGCCUCCCUCGAAAGGAACGCCAGGAUCAUCGCUCUGGACUCCGAUGUCAAGGAAGACUCCUUCAGAUACAACUAUGAAACUGAGAACGGAAUCAAGGCUGAGGAGCAGGGACGUGAGGCUGAUGGUAUCGAAGCUCAGGGUGGCUACCAGUACACCGGUGACGACGGUCAGAUCUACUCCGUAAGCUACGCCGCUGGCCAGGGUGGUUUCCAGCCCCAGGGUGCCCACAUCCCCACCUCCCCCCCGAUCCCCGAGGAGAUCCUGAAGGCUCUGGAGCAGAACGCCCGCGAUGAGGCCGCUGGCAUCAUUGAUGAUGGUCAAUACAACCCCGGCAAGUACGGUGACGCCGCUGCCUUCGCCCAACAGCCCCAGUACAACGCGAGAGCACAGGCUUCCUCAGGCUUCAGACAAUCUUACAAAUACUGAACAUCUACCUAACAUAUCAAUUUAGUUAUAAUAUUUCAUUUAACAACAAAAAAUCAAGUAGAGCAUAUUUCAUACCGUUUCCCAUACACGCACACAUUUGACCGCAAGUUCUUAUUGGUGGAUUUUAAAUGACGCGUUCGCAAAACAUUCUAUCCUGUGCUGCGAUUGGUAGUUGGAACAAGUGUGAGAUGUAACGAUCGGAAAUAUGCUCUAUUUCUUUUCUAUGAGGCUUUUCUGUAAGUAAUAUUGGCAAAGUUGGAUUGUGAUAAAAAUACGAGCUAGUUUAAAUGUAUACCAAGCCAAUAGGCUAUUGUAUUGUACUUACAGAUUUUUAUAAAAUUAUAAGAUUAAAAAUGAAGUACGAAAAACACUGUCAAUAAGUAUGUGUAAUAAGAAAUAGUCAUGUUGGUUACCAGUGAGGUAUGACGAGCGAUGCCAAUUAUUUAUUCUAUGAAUAAAAAUAUACUUUUUCUACAAUUUA